AUGGAUGCGUCCUGGCUUCAAUACGCUGAUCCCACACAAGCACGGGACUUGACUGUGGAUGCUGCUCAAGCGAUGAGCAAGGCUUUGGGAAGCGGCAUUGGCGGCGUCGGCGGCGGCUCAUCUUCGCGGAACAUCCCUUUCACAAAAAUGAAGGCACUUCUUGACAGUAGGAGCGAUCGCGAUAUCCUCGAUGGUUUGAAAAGAGUGAUAUCCAUGAUAUACCAGAACAAACCGUGUCUGCCAUACUUUUCAUCUGUGGUCAAGAACGUCGCCAACCCAAACGUUGAAGUCAAGAAGCUGGUCUACAUCUAUCUGCUACACUAUGCGGAGUCCGAUCCGGACCUGGCGCUGCUUUCCGUCAAUGCCAUCCAGAAAUCUCUUACCGACCAGAACCCCCAAGUCAGGGCUCUCGCCUUGCGGACUAUGUCAGGUAUGAGGGUCCCAGUCAUUAGCCAGAUUGUCUCUCUUGCGAUCAAGAGAGGUGUGGGGGAUAUGAGUCCCCAUGUCCGCAAAGCUGCAGCCCUAGCCAUCCCAAAAUGCUACAACCUCGAUCCCAAUACCCUCCCACAAUUACUGGACUAUCUAUCUACGCUACUUGGCGACAAACAGUAUUUUGUUGUCGGUCCAGCUGUCCAAGCCUUUCUUGAGAUAUGCCCGGAACGUAUCGAUCUCAUCCACAAACAUUACCGUGGGCUGGUAAAGAAGCUCGUCGAUAUGGACGAUUGGAGUCAGUUGGCUACGCUACGGCUUCUACUCUUUUACAGUCGCCGUUGCUUUCCUCGAAGGACAGAAAAGGUGACUAGGGUAAACAAAAAGGGAUUCUACGAGGAUGAAAAAGAUGAAACCGUCGAAACCGAUCAAAUCGUUGAUAUUAUUGAUCCCGAUCUGAAACUCUUCCUCGACGGAUGUAAAUCCCUCCUCCGCAGCCGAAGUCCAGCAGUCAUUACCUCGGUUGCGAGUGUGUUUCUCUAUCUCGGCACCAGAGAUUACUUACAGGAAGCCGUAGGUCCCCUCAUCGGGCUUAUGAGGGGCCCUCUUGAGGUGGAAGAGGUCGCGCUAUGCAACAUCGUCUUAGUCUGUUUGUCAGCACCAGACCUUUUCGUCCCGUACUCGUCUCAUUUCUUAAUACGUACCCGAGACUCGCCACAAAUUUGGAGACUCAAAAUUGAGCUCUUGACACUCAUCUUCCCGCAUGCUGCGUUGAACCUCAAAUCCAUCAUCUUGAGCGAGCUGGAGCACUUCUCUCACAGUUCCGAUAUCGAACUAAUCCGUGAAUCCGUGCGGGCAAUCGGGCGUUGUGCGCAGGCGGAUCCGAAGAACGCAUACCGAUGUUUCAAAGUCCUCCUCAACCAAAUGUCCAGCUUCGACAAUGUUUUGGUCUCCGAAGUGCUGACGGUCAUGCGUCACCUCAUUCAACAAGAUCCUUCAUCACACAGAAAGACUGUGGUCCGACUGGCCAGGAAUUUAGACCGGACCACGAGCCCCGAAGCCCGCGCCACCAUCAUCUGGCUUGUGGGAGAGUUUGCAAGCCUGGAUCCUGACAACAACAUCGCUCCGGACGUCUUGCGUAUACUCGCUAAGGGUUUCUCUGACGAGAGUGAAGCCGCCAAACAGCAGAUUGUGCUGCUCGCUGCCAAGGUCUAUCUGCUUUUCCUACAGAAACACCUGCCAAGCACUAACACCGACGACGACGACGCAGCUACGGAACAAAAGGAUCAUACAGCUGUGACGCUCGACUCGUCCUUGAUGGAUCACCCAAUAUCGAAGUUGUGGAACUAUAUUCUUCUGCUCACCCGCUACGACACAUCGUACGAUCUGCGAGAUCGAGCACGACUUUUCAAAGCUCUUCUCACUGGAGCCAAAUCAACACAACUAGCGGCGCUUCUUCUCCUUGCGCCAAAGCCGGUCCCUCACUCUCCGUCGCCAUCUGAAAGUCGUCAAGGUCUCGUGCUCGGCAGCACCACUCUCGUCUUGGGUAAGGAUGUUGCCGGCACACUGGGUCUUCCCUGCUACGAAGAGCUUCCCAAGUGGGUCGAAGAUGGGCUCGAGCCAGACCCGAAGCUUCGCGACGUCAGUGACACGGCCGAAAAGGAAGAAUACGUUCCUAUGUCAGCGAGGGGAGGAAGUACAGUCGCUGCGAGCAAGAGACUCGACGCCGCAAUCAGGAGCCAAGGGUUGGAAAAGGUCGUAGCUGCAGGUUCGACCAAGGCUGGAUCCAAGCCUAGAACCCUUGAUGACUGGUUGGCUGAGAGUGAAGAGGAAGACGAUGAGGAAGAUGAGGAGGAAGAUACAGAGGAAGAAACCGAGAGUGAGGAGUCGGGAGAAGAUGAGAGCGAAGAAGAGGAAGAAGAAGAAGAAGAGACUGACAACGAAGAAAGCGACGAUGAUGAUAAGGCUAUGCGUAAAGGUUUGAUAAGUCGUUGA